AUGGACUUGGAUCUGGAUCUGUCGCAGGGGGGGGAUGGAAGUUUUAUGAUGGGUGGCGGUGGUGGGUCGAGUGGUGAUGGGGAUGGAGGAGGGGGAGGGGAGGUGGUGACUUCUUCCGCGCCUCCGCCUGAGUCGAAUAAUACGUAUGGUGAGAAGAUGACGGGGGUCGGUGCUGGACCGCUGCCCACGGGGUUUGGCAUGCCGGCGCCGCAGGGGACUUCGACGUUGACCGAGUUUACGAAGAGGCGGAAUUGGAGUCAGAGGAUUAUCGAGGAGUUGAAGGACUUUCUGCACAUCCUCACGCCGGACGGGAGGAUCUUGUAUGUGAGUCCUUCGUGCAAGACGAUCACGGGGUACGAGAGUCAUACGCUUGUGGGUAAGUUUAUAGGCGAGUACGUGCACCCGGAUGACAGCGGCAUCUUCAUGCGCGAGUUCAACGAGAGCAUCGCGAGUGGGAAUAGCUUGCGCUUCUUCUACCGCUUCAAGAAGGACGACGGGACGUACAUGAUCUUCGAAUGCGAUGGACAUCCGCACAUCUCUCCCGACCCGCCUUCUGUGCCGCAAGGAUACAAUGCGUCCUCGACGCAGGGCAAUCAGCCGGGAGGGAUGUGCAGGGGUUUCUUCAUGAUGGCGCGACCGUACCCGACGAAGAACGCGGCGUUACUGGACAGCUUUCUCGAGCACAAGAUCGAGAACGAGCGGUUGAUGAAGCGGGUGGAGGAGCUGAAGCGCGAGGAGCACGAGGAGAACGCGGAGCAAGAUCGACUCUACCGCGAAGUGUCCGCCUCACAGACUGGCGGCACACCCACGGAAUCGCAAGGCCUGUCGCGCGAAACAGGCACUUCGGAAACACCCGGCCCUCUGUCAGAGCCCAACUACCAAGGCAUGCCACCGCCCGCCAAACCCUCCAUCUCCAACACAGCCUUGACCCGGCAGAACCUCGACUCCGCCCUAAGCGCGCAGAAACCAGACAGUAUCGCGGACAAAAUGUCCCGUUACGAAGCCUCAUCCACCCACUUGGAAUCCAUCGAACUCCUCACCGGCCUCCGCUACCGAGACGGCGAACGCAGCCACGGCAUCUCCACCGGCGACACCUCCCCCGCCCUCAUCCGCGGAGACGCAGGGAUAGCCAUCCUGCUCGACCGCGAUCGGGACGGUGGGAGGAAAUCCGAGAAGAAGAAAUUGAAGGUCGCGGAUGAGUACGUGUGUGCGGAUUGCGGGACGUUGGAUUCGCCGGAGUGGAGGAAGGGGCCCAAGGGGCCGAAGACGUUGUGUAAUGCUUGUGGGUUGCGGUGGGCGAAGAAGGAGAAGAAGAGGGGCGGUGGGGAGGCGGGGAGUCCGACACAGACGCAGCCGGGGGGAGGGGGCGGGGAGAGGCCCGGGAUGCCGAUGCAGCAGAGUAGUGGGAGUGCGUGA